UUCGACGUUCUAUGUGUAAACAAUUUUAUUGUGAUUAAGUAGAUAAGUAUUUAUUAAUGGUGAAAAUGAAAAGUGUGUUCGAAUUUCAACAGUUCCAAGACGUGCAAUAUGUUUUGAAACAGGUAUUAGCAACACUAGUUACGGGAUGGUUCACUGUGAUAGCAGGAUUUGCAUUUGGGUUCAGCGCGGUUCUGCUGCCAGAACUGCAAAAGGAUGAAGACUUUGAUUAUGACGCUGACAUGGCUUCUUGGAUUGCUUCAAUCACUCCACUAUCUAUGGUGUUUGGAUGCGUCAGUUCAGGCUAUCUUAUCGACUACCUGGGAAGAAAACCUGGACAUAUGGUGCUAGCAGUUACAUCCUUAAUUAGUUGGCUUAUUAUAGCGUUUGCUGCCAACAAUGUGCACAUGCUUAUCGGAAGAUUCAUAGCAGGAUUAUCAGUAGGUGCCAGUAGGCCUGUAUCCUUAGUUUACAUAGGAGAAAUAACUGAUCCCAAAUACAGAAGUUUAACUCUUGUAGCUCCUUCUAUUUCGAUGGGUGUAGGUAUAAUAACUAGUCAUAUUCUAGGAGGGUAUGUUUCCUGGAGACAUUGUUGCUACAUUUACGGGGCACUAAAUGCUUCAUGUGUGAUAUUAUUCUUAUUUUUGAAAGAAAGUCCGCUAUGGUUGAUAUCAAAAGGAAAGAUAGAUGAAGGCACUCAAGCUUUUAAAUGGUUCAGAGGACAAGAUAUAGACUCCGAAAAGGAGUUGCAGUUAGUCUUGCUGCGACAGAAUGAAAAAUCUAACCAAUACUUUUACAAAGAUGUCAUGAGCUUAUCAUUUAUCAAGCCAUUGUUAAUUAUUUUAUUAUUAUCAUUUGUACAGUUUAAUGGAGCUAAUGUUUUCAGUUUUUACGCACAAGAAAUGAUUGAGACUUCGUUUAAAGGCAGUAUUGACCCUUUCGCAUUUAUGAUCGGCAUUGAUGUUGUCCGGUUUGUGAUCAUCAUUUUAAUUUUCGCUUUUAACAAAUUUAUACCUCGCAAGAUUUUUUUCCUCACUGCCAAUUUCUGUUGCGGCAUUUCUUUAUUUAUUUUAGUUGUUUACUUGUUAAACCUUGAAAGAUUUGGGUCCAUAGGGUUAUCCAUAACAAUCACAGUUUUGUUUAUAUCUUUUGGUGGUUCUGUGGUAACUUUAGGUUGGUCAUUUGUACCAGAGUUAUUUUCUGCUAAUUUAAGAGGAUUAGGAUCUGGUAUAGCCGCGGCUAUGUCGUACUUAGUAUUGUUCGUUUGUGUGAAAAUAUCUCCCGGAGUUGCGGCAACAUAUGGAGACGCAGCAAUGUAUGCCUUUUAUGGUGUUGUUACAGUUAUUAAUAACUUAAUCUUGUGUUUUGUACUCCCUGAAACGAGUGGUCGCUCUUUGCAGGAAAUAGAAGAUAGCUAUAAGAAAAGCGGCACUACUGUAUCAAGUUUAUAAUAAUUUUAUUUUAACUUGUGCCUUUUCCAUUUUUAUAAAACGUUUAGAUCUUUAUGUAAGUUAAAUACCAUACUCAAGCUAGCAUUCAAAAAUGUAGGCGCGUACCUAUUUUUUUUUACUGGAAUCAAGCCUGUUACUAAUGGGGAGGGAAUGAAAAUAUAUUGUAUGUUAUAUUAUGGUUAAGAGUUUACUUUUUACUAAUCGAUUUGCUGUUACCAGUUGCGCAGUUUCGUCCUCUAUUUCUGUAACUGUUCAUCAAAUUUUCACCAAACUUAGAUGUUAUCAACCUGACAGUACAACCUUUAUAAAGAAAAAGGAAUUGUGAAAAUCGGUUCUGAUUUGACGGAGUUAUGGAGUAAAAUCGAUAAAAAAUUUGUUUUGUUCGGGAUAAAAACUAUCCUAUAUGCUAAUCCUGAGUAUCAAGUUUUUAAUUUAAAUCCGUCCAGUCGUUUUCGCGUGAUGCGGGCACAGAUAGACAGACAAACA